CCAGUAGUGAUUGUUACACCAGCAUUGGAAUGUUCAGUUCAAAACAUUCUAAUCACGUAUUUGUGAUCUCACACCGUGAAAGGGGCUAAUUACCUAAAAAUAUUACCUGGGAUAUUUGUGAGGUCGGUCAAAAGUUAUUUCAGAAAUCUUUCAUUCUCAGUUUCAGCCGCACCACCAAAACCAGCAAUGAACAUUUCUAAAAUGGCACAUAAAGGCACGACAGUUCAUGCACUUCACAGGGAGGAGGGGGGCGGUAUCAAGCAACACUGAUAGAUGGCAGCCCUUGAUAUUUGAAACUUUGCAAUUAUGUUCUGACUUCCUACUGCAAGCUUGCUCUUCCUGUAGCCGGCUCUGACAGAUAGGCAGUGAGGAAGUUAAGCAAGUUGGUUUUUUUUUUUUUUCCUGGCAAUUUGUACAAAUAGUUUUCUUGUACGAUGCUCUGUCAAUGUUCAGCACUGAGUCAGGCGUGUGUGUGGCAGUCCUGCGUGUAGUUCUCGCGAAAGCUUUCUUUUUCUCUUUCUUGUUACGCAGGGAACCAACCAGGCAUAUAAGUUUUCACCAUUUUGUACACAGUCCUGAACGGUGCCAUUGUUGCGCAAGGUAAUUUGAGUACAGGUCUCAGGAGGAUGUGCAGUAGAGAGAAACAUUUGUUUGUUCAGAGACAGACUGUGUUGGUCCACAGGCAUGGAGCUGAAGCUGAGGGUUAAGGGGCACUGGUGUUAAGGUUGAGUAUAACGGGUUUUUGACCGUGGAACUAUUAAAAAGCCCAUCAUGAGCAACGGGAGUUGCAACUUCUCACUGGAUGCUGACAUCUGGGGGCUGACGUGCAUCUACGGCCUGUCCUUCUCCAUGGGGCUGCCGGCCAAUCUGCUGUCUCUGUGGGGACUGUACCAACUGGGCCUUUCCGGCGGGGGGGUCCAGCUGGUCUACCUGAUCAACCUGCUGGUGUCGGACCUGCUGCAUCUCCUCACCCUGCCCGCGUGGAUCCUCUACCUGCAGCGCUCCCACCGCUGGGUCUACGGCUCAGCCGCCUGCAACUUCGUGGGCUACCUGUUCUACGUCAACCUGUACGCCAGCGUGGUCUACCUCUGCCUGGUGGCCCUGGACCGGUACCUGGCCAUCGUCCACCCGCUGGGGAGCCGGCGUGUCCGCACCGUCCGGGUCGCGGUUCUGUCCAGCCUGGCCGUCUGGACCGGCACCUUCCUCUUCAGCCUCAGCGGGCUGUACCCGUCCGUGUACCGGCCGGUCAGGGGGCUGUGCCUGGAGCAGUACCCCGUCAGCGCCCGCUAUGCCCGCUUCAAGAUCGCCACCAUCGUGCUGGGAUUUCUGCUGCCCUGUGGCAUACUGGGCUACACCUCCGCUCGCAUCAUGGUGGCCCUGCGCGAGUCGCCGUCCACCUCCGACCGCGAGCGGCGCAAGAUCGUGGGCACCCUCGUCGUCAUCACCGUCAUCUUCUUCGUCGUCUUCGGCCCGUACCACCUGGUGGGCGCCUACAAGUUCGUGGCGUACUUCCUGGCCGUCGACCGGUGCGACCUGGAGCGGUCCCUCUUCCUCGCCUACCGGCUGUGCUUCGCCCUGACCAGCCUGAACAGCCUGCUGGACCCCUUCUUCUACAUCUUCCUCAGCAACAACGUCCGGAAGGAGCUCAAGUCCCUGCGCUGCCUGGGCAGGUGGGGCUCCAGCAAGGGCAACUCAGGCUGCAACCUCUGCCUCGAACAAGACGACAGCCAGUAUAAAGUAACGGACAAUUGUACUAGGGUAUGAUAAUACUGCUGGUAAUAAUAGUAAUAUUAAUAAUAGUAGCAAUAAUAAUAAUAAUUAUUAUUAUUAUUAUUAUAACAACAAUAAUAAUAAUAGUGUUAUUAUUAUUAUUAUUUUGUGCCCUUCAUACAACUGUUGUAGCUGAAAGUGCAUAUGGAAGCUCAAGUUAUAGUAAAGCAAUCAAAGGACGCUUAAAAAAAAACAAGACAUUUCCAUUCAAAACGGUGUAUAUAAAACGAUAUGUAAAAACACAGUAACCAUAAUAGAGAAGAGCUACUGAUAAAAGUUCAUUUGGUUAUCUAAAAGCUGACUUUUAAAAAAAUAUGAGUUAGACCCCUGUAAUAGGGCAAAUCAUAUACUGCAUUCCCUACAUUUUGUGUCUUACCAUGUUUUUUUUGGGGGGGGGGCAGUGGUGGUUGGGGGUAGUUUUGUUCUAUUUGUUCUGUCUGCCUCUAUAUAUUGCCUAAACAAAACUGUAAAAAUGGGACGUACAUAGUGCUUAGACUCGGUACACUUCAUAUUGCGUGUAUGUCUUGCAUACGUCUCCCAAUAAACAAAUAAGAGCA